CUCCGAGCCUCGUCCAACAACAUGCUGAGCGUGCGUCCAUACCUUAGGUAGGUGAUUACCACUCGAUGCUGUUAUCUACCAGAAGCUACUCGGAGUCCGUCAGCCAGUAUGACUACCCGCGAGGAAGCAGCGCACUCGGCUGGCGCGGUCAAGCAUCGGAAGCGGGUCCUCACACCGGCUCGGAGAGAACAAAAUCGCAUAGCGCAAAGACUCUACAGGCAGAGACAGAAGACGCGCCGUCAGGGCCAGCAUUCCUCGUCGUUGAGGAAACCGCUGGACUUGCGUCCUCGAGUAAGGGCUGAAGGCCGAGAAUGCCAUGCACACCAGCUGCCAGUGGGCGAGCAUGGCCUGCCAGAGGACUGGGAGGCUGAAAUAUGUGCCAGAGUCGGUCUCACCCGAGGGAAUACGUCCGAUCAGGGUCAGCCAUUCCCAUUGCAUCCACUGGUCGCAGAGUCCAGUUCCACGUUAGAGGACUUCAUGGCCAUGGGAAUAAAUGCGGCCCCAACAAACCUGGAGUUCACGUCGUAUCAGCUGCCGUCUGAACUUCUCCACGAACUGCAAAGUCCAACAGCAGGCUCACAGGAGACACAUUGCCCUAACUUACCCUUCGGGUUGGAGGACACUUUUGAUGCCUCUAUUCCCUUCGGCAGCCAAGCGAAUGCCCGAAAUGAUCCUGAUGAUGAGAAUAACAACCCGACGUUGGUUAUCUCUGGGCUUCAGCUAGAAAACAGCAUUUGGGCUCCUGAUCCAAGUCCACAUACUUAUACGAGCGAAGCUUCCAGUGUCGCUUGCAGCACCUCGUCGUCGUCAUCACAGUACAUGUCUUCGCGGCUACGAGUUCCAUCCGGAGGCUACAGUGGUUCAGCGGAGAUUGAUAGUGCGGUGCAGUCAUCCUCAGCUCGUCCCCUUGCUGGCCAAGCCCGAUCCCAUGGCCUAGCACCCGACAACAUCAAUCCUCAACUCCCAGACCCUUGGUGCAAUAACAUACAAUUCAACAGCACAACAAUUUUCAACGCGUUCCUAACCAUCGCCCUCAGACUUGGAUUCAACCUCCGUGAAUUGGUUGAUGCCAAAAACUGCCUCAAUGCAGCAACCCGAUCUCCCUUCUAUUGUCCUACGACACCUCAGAACGACCCGCAGGCCCUUCUUGCGGCCGCCCAGCUUCCGUUCGCGCCAUCCAACCUCCAGCCUACCCUGCCUCAGAUCCUGAUCCCGCACCAUCCUUUCCUUGACCUCAUCCCCUUCCCGGCAAUUCGGGCCAGCGCCAUCACCCUGGCUGCGGCGAUGCCCAAUGCAUUUAGCAUGACAGAGCUAAAGAAGGAUGUCUAUGUUCACGGAGCACUCAUUUGCUGGGUGGGAGGUCGGGGCAUUGGCACUGGCCAGCCCUGGGAUCCCCGCAGUUGGGAGGCAGCUCCUUGGUUCUUGCACAAAUGGCGGUUGCUGCUAGGCGGCGAGACUGGGGAGAUGUGGAAAACGAGCACAUGGUGGCGAGAGAGUCGGAGAGAAAGAUAAUGGUGCGUUGAACUAAGACCUAUUGUUCCAAUACAUGGACACGUGUCUUGUCUGCAGACUCCACAUCUCCUGGUCCAACUACUCAUCCAUGCCUAUCAGGCAGCCCAGAUCCGCCCUUCCACGUUCUCAUGCCGGAUGUAGCGCUUCAAACUCGACCUGGUUGGUCGAAUGAAGCACAGAACCCUCAACCUUCAGGAGUGAUUCCGGAAUCAACAUAAGCUUGGAGACGCCGGAGUGGGGGGUGCUAAUUGGCCGGCUUCUAGAAGGCAUGAUUGGGGGUCCGAAAGUACUUUACAGGUCCUGAAGCUGCAGGGGACGGGUGAAAACGCCAGGUCGGCGGUGACAGGGUGCUGUGGAGGGGCGAUGGUUUCCAUUCAGUGUCCGUGUAUGUCGUCGUCGUCGUCGUCGGCGUGCAUGUGGGCAACUCGCCAGAUUAGAAGUGUCUUUACUAGGUACUGCGGUGCUACUGCUGGGCGUACCCUGCCUGGCUCUGGCAAUACUAGCACCUCUCUACCCUCGGCGGGUACCAAUGCUAGUGAUACAGUAGCAAGGAGGAUCACGUACAUUGUCCUGCUGCAUUGACAUGCCACUGCAGUAGUGCACAGUGAGCGUGUGUGAGAUCGUGUGACGUAGCGGAUGAGGAAUGAGAGACGACGGGGGCGUCUUGCCGGUGUUGUUCUUGUGCCAGCUCAUUUCUCUCUCCGUCUUGUCGACCACCUCAGACCAUCAUCCAUCACUUACAACUCCUUACUGCAUCUCCUCCGAGCCUCAUCUCUCUUCUCGCUCCGACGAUGCGACUAUCAGGGCACCACUCACACCUGACCAUCGCCCAUCUUCCUUGUCUGUGCCCUGCACACCCGGUUCCCCGUCGUCGACUCCACCGCAUUUGUGCCAGUUGGCGCCGACGCCAGCUGUGCCGGUAUCACUGGCAGUGUGACACAUGACUACACCCGGGGUCUUAGUGCAUCGUAGUCUUGCAUAAGGUUGUUCUAUGGCGGCUUCGAGAAGAUUGCCUGAUACGGUGGAUACCCAUAAACUCAGCCACCCACUUACCACUCACCACUGUCAUCACACACCGCUGCUCGACAAACGACAUCACCACAAGAAACACACGUUGCAGUCGUCAGCUGGGUGCCCUUGCGAACCGUCUACCGGGUCCAUACUCUUUGAUGAGUCCGCCUGAUCACACCAAAAUGCCCCGACAGAACACACAACUGUGCGGUUGCCUUUGGGCGCCUGAACCUUAGCUGACCCCCAGUCCUCGGCCUAGGCAGCGACAGGGCUAUGCUGCUCUCAAUGCUGAAUGUCCAUGCCGACGCCGGUUUGUGCUGUGCUUGUUGGUGGUGAUAGCUCGUGAGUCAGAAACAGACCUGUCCCAUUUCCAGACACAAUCCCUCGCAAAUGCGGCUCCAUCUCCAUUCCCUGCAUCUUUCCUCUUUCCUCGUGGUUUCCCCCACCCUUGCAUGUUUUCAGCCUUGUUGCUUGCGGACGCUUGAACCACUCAACCUUGCAACUCUCUCUUCUUUGUUCUCUGUGGAAACAUCCGACAAGGCGCAGUUGUUGCAACAAACCCCCUCCCGCCCACCGGUUCCUCUAACAUGCACAUCCCUCUAUUCGCCCGGUCCCUUUGCUUCCCAAUCGACUUCCUGGAAGUUCGCAACCCAUCGCAUCCCUACUGUUUAUCUCUGACCCACUGGCCUCCGACCAACCUUCCUCACCCUUCUCACCAAGAUCCACGGAGCAUCAUCUCGCUUCCACCUCCACCUCUGGCCAACUUGCAAUUGGUGUUGAGGUGUCGUACCUGAACCAAAGACUGGCCGGCCCAAUUCCCCUGCAUCAUGCCGCGUCCUGUCCAGCUUGGUUCAAGUCUGCCCGGGGGGCAUUGUCGAUCUAAGUCCCAAAUCGUCCCGAGUUACCUACUUACUUCUACCCGUGGCUUUCCACUCGUGACCGCCUUCUUGAACAUUUGUUUGUCCCUGGAUAUCCGUAAGAUGUCAUUCCUCAACGGAUGGAGCCGGAUUGGACUGUGGCUCCCCACGAGGCAACGUCGUGUUGAGUCUUGGAGAGUUAGACGCCUCCCGACGGGUCCUGGUCGCCCUCCAAGCUUGAUGAGUUCGGAAGCUUCCUGUCUCCUGGCCUUUAUUCUUUACCCGGUUGACCCUUGUUCAUCAGGCUUCUCGGAAAACGGGACGGUGUGGAUUCGCCACCCGACCCGCCUCACUCCUGGCGUUUCGUUUCUAGUCUUGCCAUACGGUGGUAUUCUUGGCUCCUGCUGUGCCUCUACUGUACGCUGCUGACCUUUUGUUAUGGUUUUACCGGAUCUGAUCUGGCACAAUCUCGUCUUGGCUCAAUGGUUACAGGGAGAUCUGUAUUACGAUGUUCAUUCUUCAUCCUGUCGAAACGAUGAUUUUGGCUCUUUCAAACCGUGUGAUACACAGCCACAGGCUGGGCAAUUCCGACGCCUUCAACGGUGCCUCAUAUCUUGCUCUGUGCCUCACUUUACACCACUUCGGCUCCCUGGUACGUAGCCUUUCAGGGGCAGGGCACUGCAACGAGAUCCCACACAGCCACUAGUCAGAUCGUGUACGCCCGGGGAUUUGCGAGAAACAUAAAAAGGUCCUUCCUGGAACUUGAUCCUCUACUUCCUUGGAUUCAUCAGACUACUUUUCAAGAUCUAUACUUCAUCUCUUGCCAUUUUUCAUCUAUCCAAACAAUCAGGAACGCUCCGACUCUUCCGCCACAACGAGCAACAAAAUUCGAAGAAGAUACUCAGCAAGCACACCAGCGCGCCAGAUAUUAGAUUCAGAUUCACCCUUGUCUCCGACUCUCGUCGUCACCAAUGCCGGCGUCUUCGAUGCAGACUGUCAAUCUCAUGGCGAAGCCUACACGGGAUACAAAACCUCCUCCAAAGCCAAUCGGCCCAUGGAAUAAAUCUUAGGGGCCGAGAAAGGCUGGGAUCAUGAAGGGCAGGGCCAGCGGUACUUGGACACGACGAAACCCCACCGAGUACCCGAACCAUAGAGUUUCUGGACCGACCGGACCGUCGAGGGAGAUCAUGACUCCAAUGCUUCAAAUGCCCCAGCCAGACAGUUCAUGCGGAAACUGUCUCUGACUCCGCCCACCUGCCGACUUGUCGGAUAUUGGAUAACACCAAACUGCACCGGUACCUUUGCCUAUACUUCUGUCCAUCUAUCCACGUCGACCCAUCUACAGUUCCUUUUGGCCUUAUACGACAUCUUGCCCCACCUGGCCACCUACGUUACCCAUACACCGUCGCUACCAUCCAACCUCCAUACCAUUCGCUCCCGACCUCAACUAAAUCCGUUAUUACCACUACCUCUCAUUUCACAUCUGCACCAGCACAGUUUCAUCAGAAUAUCCCCCUGCCUACCUUGGCCAUUUGUUUUGUUUAUUUGCGAAAGUGGUGGCGUGCUUGGAGUUACGAGUACGAUGACAGACACAUUGUACCAGGCACGAAGUCUCAGCCUUCCGAAUGGUGACAUUUUGGGAUACUAUUUUACUGGUUUAGUAUGUGCUAUUAGUACUUCUUGUAUUGGAGGGAGUUUUGGUCAUAGUUAGUCCUUCGUUUCGUUUGCCGCUUGGCUGCGGUGGCUUCUUUGCUCUUUUGUCUCUUGUUUAGAACGAAAGAGGGCGGACCACGGUGCGGACUUAGAUCUCGAAUACUAGUAUUGAUCUAGAAUCUUGGAUUUCCAUGCACUACUCGACGUGCUGUAGAUAGUUAUACUUCAGUUCAAGACUGCAUUGGAGCGCCUAUGUAGCUAAUACUGUAAUCAGCUCUGGGCUGCAGCAUCUUCGCCGG